AGGAGCGGGGAAGGGUCAGGGAAGCGUAGGGAGCCUGCACGUUCCCUCUUUUAGCGCCGAUAUGUACAGCAGAGUGGCUGUUUAACUCAUUUUAGCAUGCGUUUUUAUGUACGUAACGUAAAGACUAGUCGACGGAGACGGCGUUUUAAACUUCCGGUUUGGAGUUACUUUAAAAAUUAAAGCGCAAAAAUGUCACAUGAGUAAAUACUGCCGGUGUAUGUCGCUCUCUCUUGUUAGGGGGAGAUAAGAAGAUCCUGGCAAACUCCACUCAGACAUGACGGCUGUGUUGCCAUGUUUGUCGGCUGUCCUGACAAGAUAAAUACUUAAAUUUUGAAGACAACAACAAACCGGAUACGCCCUCAGUGUCCUGGCAAACAGGUUUAGCAUAAGUACAGUGAUACAGGUUUCACCAUGGAAGGAACCUCCAAGCAUGACGCUGCUGAUCAGAGCUCUGUCGCUGCCCAGGUGCCCUUCCUUCACCUGUGCACCACGUUAGAAAAAAUCCAGAAGUCCAAACUCCGUCCAGAGAAAUCCAAGGUCCUCGGGGAUUUCAUGGAGUCAUGGAGGAAGUUUCAUGCCGCCCUCCACAAAGACAACCCCAACACGACAGACUCUUUCUACCCAGCCAUGCGCCUCAUAGUUCCCCCUUUCGAACGAGAGCGGAUGGCCUACGGCAUCAAAGAGAGCAUGUUAGCGAAGCUUUAUAUAGAUGUGUUAGGCCUCCCAAAGAAUGGCCCAGAAGCCAACAAACUGUUGAACUAUCGUGCUCCAACCACAUCCCAGGGGGAGGCUGGAGACUUUGCUGGCAUGGCUUACUUUGUGCUAAAGAAACGGUGCACCAGCCAAGGAAGCCUCACCAUCAAAGAGGUGAAUGACUUCCUUGACUCGGUGGCGGCCAAUAACGCUGGAAAGCAGAAGGAUCUUGUAAAAAAGAGCCUCCUGCACCUCAUAACGCAGAGCUCGGCGCUGGAGCAGAAGUGGCUCAUCCGGAUGAUUCUGAAGGACAUGAAGCUCGGAAUCAGCAAAGAAACUGUUCUCCAGGUCUUCCACCCUGAUGCUGCUGAGCUCUACAACGUGAGCACAGACCUAAACAAAGUGUGCCAGCAGCUCCACAACCCCUCCGUGUCCCUCAGUGAAGUCUCUAUAGGACUCUUCUUUGCCUUCAAGCCUAUGUUAGCGGCUGUGGCUAACAUCCGCCAAGUGGAGAAACAGAUGGGUAAUAGCCAGUUCUACAUUGAGACCAAGCUGGAUGGCGAGCGCAUACAGCUGCACAAAGACGGGGACGUGUACAAGUACUUUACCCGGAACUCUUUUGAAUACACACAGCAGUUUGGGGGAUCGCCACUUGAGGGCUCACUGACGCCUUACAUCCACAAUGUUUUCAAACCCCAUGUUGUGAAUUGUAUCCUCGACGGUGAGAUGAUGGCGUACAAUCCCACCACAGAGUCCUUCAUGCAGAAAGGGAGCAAAUUUGACAUCAAGAGGCUAAUGGAGGACUCUGAGGUACAGACAUGCUUCUGCGUGUUUGAUGUGUUACUGGUGAAUGACCAGAAGUUUGGCAAGGAGACACUGAAGAAGCGCUAUGAAACUCUCCAGACUGUUUUUACUCCCAUCAAGGGAAGGAUGCACCUGGUGCCAAAGACCGAAGCCAGAACCAUGCAGGAAGUGGUGAAUGCCCUCAAUGAAGCCAUAGACAACAGAGAAGAGGGGAUCAUGGUGAAGGAUCCCUUAUCUAUCUACAAACCUGACAAGCGUGGCGAGGGAUGGUUGAAAAUAAAGCCAGAAUAUGUGGAUGGUUUAAUGGAUGAGCUUGACCUCCUGAUUGUCGGUGGCUACUGGGGCAAGGGAAGACGGGGUGGUAUGAUGUCCCAUUUCUUAUGUGCCGUUGCCGAAGCUCCAAAACCUGGUGAAAAACCCUCCAUCUUCCACACACUCUGCCGCAUCGGCUCUGGCUACACCAUGAAGGAACUGUAUGAUCUGGGUUUGAAGCUAGCCAAACACUGGAAGGUCUACCGGAAAAAUGACCCGCCAGCCUCCAUCCUGUGUGGGACAGAGAAACCGGAGGUCUACAUCGAACCCUGCAACUCAGUCAUCAUCCAGGUCAGGGCAGCUGAGAUAGUCGGAAGUGACAUGUAUAAAACCAACUGCACCCUGCGCUUCCCCAGGAUUGAAAAGAUCCGCGAUGACAAGGAAUGGCACCAGUGCAUGACUCUUGCAGAGCUGGAUCAGUUCCGAAGCAAGGCAUCCGGAAAGCUCGCCUCACGACACCUUCUCAUCGAUAAUGACGAACCGCAGAAGAAGAAGCGGAAACUGCCGGUGAAGCUCAAGAAGGUGGUGGGAGUCAUCGACCACUUCAAGCCUCAGGACCUCUCUGGGGUUACCAAGGAGACAGAUAUGUUUGAGGAUGUGGAGUUCUGUGUCCUGAAUGGCAGCGAGGAUUACCCCAAGGCUGAGCUGGAAAAGGGCGUGGCCAGGUGUGGGGGUAUUGUGGUGCAAAACCCAGGACGGGAUACCUACUGCGUGAUUGCCGGCGUGGAGAACAUGCGAGUGAAAAACCUGAUUUCGUCCGACCAGCACGAUGUGGUGUGGGCCGCCUGGCUACAGGAGUGCCUGGACAGGAAGGAGGUGGUCCCAUGGCAACCACGCCACAUGAUCCACAUGUCACCUUCCACCAGGGAGCAUUUCGCCAAGGAGUACGACAGCUACGGCGACAGCUACUUCACAGACACGGACGAGCAGCAGCUCAGGGAAGUGUUCGGCAGGAUGAGCAGUGCCAGCCCACCUGUGGCCAUGAACAUCGGCCAAGUCGAGCACCGGUACGGCUGGGAAGACCUUCCCACCAGCAUGUUCAGGCCCUUUAAAGUUUACAUGGACAGCUAUGCGGACAUAGGACACCCCGAAAGUGCAAUUCCAGCUUCAUGUCUAGUGACCAGGGCACUGGAGUUCCGCUACCAUGGAGGCACAGUGGUGCAGAAGUUGGAGGAAGGGGUGUCCCACGUCAUUAUUGCAGAGGAAACACGACUGUUGGAUUUGAGGGCACUGAGGCGGAUCUUCAGGAAAAAGUUCAAAAUUGUAAAAGAUUCCUGGGUGACAGAUUCUAUCAAAGCAGGGUAUUUGAUGACUGAUACUGACUACUUGGUAUAAUUAGUGUGUAGGUGAUACAUAUAAGGUUUUACACUGGAUAACGCUCUCUUUUAGCUAGCAUUUAAUUAAUUUUACACAGUAUGUCAGUAACUGGUAUCUGCGGGCUUGUGUGGACUAAGGUUUUUAAAAAAUCAUCUAUUUUUAUAAUAAAGGAUUAACAAUAAAAGACCAGGCAAUAGUUAAAAAUAGAGUUUAGAAGAAUUCAACAUACAGGGAGGUCAUUUCUUGGGUUUUCUCAGAUGUCUUAUAUAUUUCACUUGGUGUUCUUCAUCAUAUAAAUUCAUUAAUGCUGCUUAUUGGUUUUAAAAGAACUGGCCACAGGAAAACGUUUAAGGAUGGUAAUUGGUUAAUCAAUUUAUGAAGAGUUAUAUAAUGUGGAAAUCAAUUUCUCAGUUUUAGAUUUCAUCCCUUCAGAUGUAUUUUUCAGGACAGGAAAAAAGUGGUACACAUCCAUCUUGGAAAGCAUGAUAUUUGAUAUAUUAAAAAUACAGACUAUCACAUCCAGAAUUUUACUCUUGUCAUUACAAAUUGUGCAACUACAGCUGACUAAAAUAAAUCAAUAUACCAGAGAUCAAUCCACUGCUGUAAACUGAAUUGUGCUUAUCCUUUGUAAACUCAGUUAUACAUGAUCUAAAUACUUGUCCAGAGCCCAUUUUUAAUGUCUGAAAACAGCUGUAAUAAAUAAACUGUAAUAAAUAUGACUUGGUUUGCAUACAAGAAUGGUGUCAUUGUUUUUGGCACACUGUGCUCCACCAUUUGUUCAUAGAAUUGGUCAUUAACUUGAGGCGAGGAAAUGUGUGAAACGGCCCUUCGCUGUGGCACGGCAGCAUGCAUUCAGCUGGCACAGGAGAAAGACUGAGGGACACCACAGGGGUACGUUAAAACCGGUUCAGCUCAAGGCCCUCCAACAAAGAUGAUGUCAUGUUUUCCUGUCUUCAAAAAUGUCACAGAUGUGCCUUGGGACUCAUCGAUAUGUUAUAACCUUCAUUACUAUCGCCUCUAGGGUGUAUGGGCAGCCACAUGUGGUGUCCUGGGCAUUGUGCAUAAAUGCUGCAUGAAUACAUUUUGAAGAGAGAAAUGAUGAGAUACCUGUUCCUGAUCAUACACUGUGAAUAAUGUGCUUACUGACAUGUGGUAGUAUUCUCUUUAUGGUCAAUGGUUUGAGAUGUAUGUGUUUUUGUACAAGGAGUACACAAAUGGUCUAAUUAAAAUUCUACCACUAAGGCA